UUUAGUGAAAACACUUUUCAGGCUAGAGCCGCUGCUUUAAAUUAUCCUGAAAUUCUUCAUUUGCAUUUUUGGAAACUUGCCUAUCUUUCUUUCCAAAACUAACCUUGUUUACUUAUAAAGUUAUAAAAACCAAGAAGCUCUUGAAUUUUGAUUUUGUCAGUAUUGUCUUAGCAUAAAUGAUAAUUUACUUAUAUGUAUUUAGGGAAUGAAUAUUUCCACAAACUACUUUAUUAUAUUAUUUAAAUAAAAGGAAGUGAUUACAAACAAAGGUCAUUGUUUUAAGUCCAAAUGCACAAGAAAUCUUAUUCAAAAGCAAGAGUACAAAAGCUUGUCACAAUUGUCAGCGACAUUUCCCGUAAACAUGAUUGUUGUUCAAAUAAACAACCAAAAGUGUUAUCAAAUCUUUUAAAUAAACACGCCACAUCAUAAGCCGAUAAGCUGUAGAAAUGAGUGCAUUAAAAGUAGCUUCUGAAACUCACACUACAGAAAGGAAAUCGGAAAUUGAUCAGCUCGACCCAGUUCUUGAAGUAAAUGAAAAUUUGGGCAGUGAACUGUUCGAUCGCCCUCAAGAGGAAGGCGAAUGGGAAGAAAUAGAGCCUAAGAUUUUCGCCCAGAAAAAUGUUACGGAACCCUUGACUGUAGAAGCAUUAAACAAUGCGAUCUAUGAACUCGGCGUGGUCAAUUUGUGCUGGCCGGAAAUAAACGAACCAGUUUUUGAAACUCGCAGUUGUUUUCCCAAAAGUUAUUACACGAACACCAAUAAGGAGAGGCUGCUCUUGGCGUAUGCAGAGAAUUUUAGACGACAAUUUCAAUUUCACUAUAAAGUUCGGAAACCGCUGUUUCUGCAGGCUCCUAAUGAAUGUGGGAUACAGAAAAUGGUGUGCUCAUCUAUACGUCCUACGAAACUUUGCUACGCGGAUACCAAUACUUGGCAAGGUUUAGCUGCUCUGGCUUCGGAUUACUUUGACUAUGAACCAUUACGAAAGCCGAUGCUGCAUCCGGAGCGACUAAUGUCUCCAUACACCGCGAUCGUGCGACGUAGCGGCAAUCCCUUCGAGCUGGCGCAUGUCCUGGUCUCCUGGUUAGCUGGGGCCGGGUACGAGGCUUACGUGGCCGUGGGCUGCGCCAAACGAGACGUCUGCAUGGCCAUCCGAUAUAGAACUGUGUGCCCUGAACUACCUGACGAGAAUGAGGUUAUUGAAGAACCCCCGCCCCCAACUGAAGAGCCAAGAUACCGCCUCGUUCCACUUCCAGACCUUACUUCAAAGUACUGCAAAGAGAUAGAACAAAAGGAAGCCGACAGAAAACAAAAAGAACUGGACAAAAUUGAAAAUGAGAGGCUCAGGAGAAUAGAGGAACUCGAACGCCCACCACCGGAUGAUGUUGACGGUUGGCGUACUCACGCCUGGGUGCUCAUCCUACCAGGGUUCAAGGGAAUUGAGGAGCCCUUCUUUAUAGAACCGAGUGAGGGCACGGCAUAUCCGCUGAACGCGCCGCAGUAUCAGCAUUUGGACAGCAUUUAUAAUCACGAGAACUAUUACGUAAAUCUUCAAAGCUGCGAUGAAGGUCUCGGGUCCAUCAACUAUGACCUCAGCGAUCUGACCUGCUGGGAGCACCUGUUAGCCGGCGAGCCGUUUCAUCGGAGACAGCUCGUUGGCGUGGACUUGGCUGAAAAGAAGACUGCCUUUGACACUGAGAAACAUCUUGAUGUACCCGCGAGUUGGGUUGAAAAACUGGAAAUUACAGCCGAUGAAUUUGACCAAAGAUAUCCAGGUAGUCAUAAAGUGAUACAUUAUAAGAAAGUCUUAUUGGAGAAAUUCUCACCUUACUCUGAAAGAGAUGGAAUUAUUAAGAGAAUCAAGAUAUUUGAGGACUAUGCACUGAACACCCCACUUCUGACAUACGAAUUUUACAAACACAGGAUUGAUAAAAUGGAGAUAGUAAGAAUAGAUCACAUAAAGAAGGAGAUACGGGAAACUUUCGCGGUUGGAAGGAGUGAUCAUCUUAUAAAGCAUACAUACGCAAUCGACGCGCCGGCAACGUCCGUAGAAGGCGAACGAACGUUGGAGUUCAACUACUACGCGCGUCUCGACCAUCUAAUCAAGCUUGUCUGCACCUCCCUUACGUUUCAAGAGUAUUACACUGACCGGGUGGAUAGGCUCGAAUCACGUUACAUAACCUACACAGAGGCCACGAAAACUGAACCGAAACGUCAAGUCAAAGAUGUAGUUGAAACAUUCAGCCGCAACCCUGAUGUACCGGCGAAGAAUGACAUAUGGAAGAAGAUCUUCCACGUCCAAGAGAACACGAUAGAACUGCUAUACCAUUAUGCAUACAACUUUGUUACGAAUGACACGCGCAUGUUCAUCAAGCCUAACUUGGCUGAAACUGGUGGACAGAUUUUGUUCUAUCCGGACAAGACAUCCGGAUAUAUUGCUGAUCCAUGUGCCAAGCCACCACGUCCACUAGACAUUUACUACGCCCUAUGCGACAACAUGGAUUGUGAGAACCUUUCGCGCAAACACAUCCGCGACCGAGAAACGGAUAUAAAUAGCUACUUGAAACAAAGGUUACAUGAGCUCACUGAGCCAGUUCUGUCUGUCGCUCUGUUUGAUACUGAAAGGAAUGAGGCUGCGAAGAAGGGAUGGAGGGAACAGGAAACCCAAAAAGCUGCAGUGACCGAACGUGAAAUAGAAGCGGAGAUAGAUCCCCUGGCGCCGUACCUAGCGCGCAUGUUCGGCUCGUGUUUCGGUACGGGAACUCCCCUUACAGUCAAGGAAGCGACGCUUGUUCGAGAGCAGUGUAUCAACGACUUCAGAGCCAAACAGUUGGCCCGCCAGAAUCUUGUACAGGAGAGAUAUGACAAGCUCAAUGCAGAGUACAAGAAUAAGAGGUUGUGGUAUUUGGCAAAUCAAUUUAUCCUCACGCCCGAAAAGGAAAGCGCAUAUUUUGCUUUGAGUGCGGAACUGGCAUUCCAAGUGCACACCCUAGAAGUUCGCUUGACAAGACACAAGGACUUGUCCGCGCCCAGAUUCAAGGCUCUAGAAGACUACCUGGCGAAGCAUCCGCUACUGAAAGAAUUCAACCGCUUACGGCACUAUUAUCGUGUGAAAUGAGGGACGAAAUAGUUUUAUAUUUACAGCUUUUACAAAUUGUUUUGUUUAAAAUAUUUUAUCAUUCGUUAU